CAUGGAAAACAAAACGGAAAUGUUUGGUUGCCCCACUCGCUCCCUCCCACUUCCUCUUCCUCUUCCUCUUUCUAUUCCCACUCCCCCCCCCCCAAAAAAAGGUCACCAACCCAGAGCACCCGGAGCACCACCAAACGCCGGACGCGGAGGCAGAGGCGGAGGCCCGGCGCGCCGGUCGGCCCCCUUCCAUGCUCGCCGGCGUCGGGGCCGCCGCUGAUGCCCAGCCCGCCCAAGGACCGCCCCGCCGGCCGCCUCGGCCGCCUCAUCUCCGCGCUCCGCCCCGCGCGCGCCGGCCCGCUCCCCGUCCAGACCGGCUUCCCCACCUCCCUCGCCGACCUCUUCGUCAAGAACCAUGGCCGCCUCAAGAAGCAGCAGGGGCCAUCCUCCACCAGGCGCAAGAGGCGGGGCGCUCCCCCUUUGCCUUCCCCGGAGCCCUCUCCCCCGCCCCCCUCUCCUCCACCGCCGUCGCCCCCGCCGGCCGCCGUCUCCCCGCCGUCGGCCCAGCCAGGGCCCGACCCUCCGCGGGCGGAGCCCGUCUGCCGCCCCGGAGGCCAAGCCGCCGGCCUCGGAUUGGGGUUCCUCGCGCUCGUCGGCGCGGUGUCCCUCGCCCUCCUCGUGAUCUGGAGCAGGAAGGUGGUUGCGGCCGUCACCGUCGCCGCCUUCUCCCUCUUCCUGCUGGAAUCCGUCCGGGCGUCCUCGCUUCGCCGGGGGCCCCGGCCCCCGGCGCCCACCGCGGAGCUGGACAUCGACGGCCGCGGCUACGUCUCGCCGAUCCGGGAGCUGGAGGGGGAGCCGGAGCCGCUGGGGUCGAGCUUCUCCGACUCCGGCAGGGGGAUCAGCGCCUCCAUCCUCGGCAUUGACGAGAGGAGCGAGGCCGGCGAGGAUUCGUGCGUGUGGGAGCCGAAGCCGAGGAAGAGGUCGCCAUGGAGGAAGCUGAUCCCCAGGAAAUUGCAGAGAGGCCGGAAGAUUGGCAAGGACCCGGGCUCCCUGUCAAGUUCUUUCCGGUCAAGCUCUUUCCGCAGCGAGGUCAGCCAGGCGGAUUCCACGGUCGGCGGCAAUGCCGGGGCGACGGAUCCCCCGGACUCUCGCCGCGGCAGACGCAACCAAGCGAAUGCCAAGGCGGACGCCGUGGGCAAGUCGCCGGAUUCAUCGGGCCCUCUCCGCCUUGGCAUGGUUGACGGCAUCAAAUCGCGCGAUUCGUCGGGCCCUCUCCGCCUUGGCAUCAUGGGCGACGGCGUCAAAUCGCGCGACUCAUCGGGCCCUCUCCGCGGCACGGUCGACGGCGCGGACGCCGCCACCAAAUCGCCUGAUUCGUCGGGCCCUCUCCGCGGCAUGGUUGACGGCGAGGCGCGCAACAACGGUGCGCGUGCGCCGAUAGAACUCGCCGGGGCGGACGGCGUAGGAGGCCGGUUCCCCUUGGUAGCUGUAACCGUCGUCGUCCUCGUAGGCUUGGUCGCCGGGAGGGUCCCGGCCGUGGCGCUCACCGUACUUUGGUCCGUGCUGGUUGGCUCGCUGCAGAGAUUGCGGCGGGACGGCGAUGUAGGAACCUCCCAGGGUUGAUGUACAUUAGUGAGUGGUGGUAUAAUCCUUACAUACAUAAUUGUUGUUCUUAAGUUAUUAAAAAGCUUGAGUGCAUUCCAUGA